AUGCCUCCUGAUUCGAGCGAUGCCGGGAUGAAAGGUGCACUCCUCUCAGCCGUCUUGCCCCUUCUGGGUGCGAGCGCUGGCUAUUACCAGCUCCUUGCGGGUGUGAGGAAGGCACAAGCUGAGGUACCCGGCUGCGAUGGGGACAUAAGCAAGUACACUGCCGUGAGCAGCAUCAUGCUGGCAGUCUGUGCUGUCUACGGAUUCGUCGGGGCUUUUGUCAUCAGCGCUGACCUAGUCAAGGAGCCAGCCUUGCCGGAGAAUUCCGCCUUCGCGGCGGGACUGGUGAACGGCCUGGCUUCUGCCAUCUCCGCCGUGGGCCAGGGCUGCUUUGCAGCGAAAGCUGUAGAGGCGGGAGCUCGUCAGGCAAGCAGCUUCGUUGCCUUUGUCCUCAUCUUGAUCUACAUCGAGGCUUUUGCUCUCUAUGGCCUCGUAGAUAGCCUGGUGAUCGGAGGAGUGGCCCUGGAGACCCGGGUCGAUCUUCAUCCUGGUACUGUGAUGCCCUUUACUUCGGUGUUCCUCCUUGCCACCUUCGGAGGUGUGGUCGGCUCAGCCGUUUCCGGAUAUGCGAUCAUGGAGAUCGUUCCAAUGAGGCCUGAUUUGGCCAUGAAGUCGAUGAUUCCUGUCGUCUUCAACGGUGUUACGGGCAUCUACGGCCUGAUCAACGGCGUCGUAGACACGCAGCCAUGGCCGCCGACGGGUAACGACUGGGCCGCUGGCCUCUUGUACCUCCUCUCUAGUGUCGGCUUGAGCUACUACGGCUACACAGGCGUGAAGGCGCUGGUGGGACCUCACAGUCUC